GACACUUCCGCACAUCCGCCCGUCGUCCCUCGCCCGACUCUUAUUAUUGUCGACACUUUCCAUCUGCGCCUACACCUCAGAACCCCCUUUGCACACAGACGCUCCCCCAAGCCAGCCUAACCGCUCCUGUCGCCCUUCCCACUGCCCGCACCGCGACGUCCCCAAGACACGACCUUGUCUGCCCAAGGGCCGCCCAAACACCCAGCCGCGACUCCCCAGUAGUCAAACAAACAACAUGGCUACCGCAGUUCAACCGGCCAUGUCGAUGGCGCCCUUCAACGGCCUAUCUAAUCAGUGCGUCGAUCCCAACGAGUUCUUCGACUUUGGUCAGAUGCCCUCGCCCACCCAGCCCACCACCCUCAAGCGUGAACAGAGUGCUACGUCGGCUAUGGGCAGCCCGACCAGCACCAACAUCGACGACGACCUUCAGACUCCAGCAAAGCCUAGCCACGAGUACGAACGCUUCAAGCAACAGACCGGCCUUCCCUCUGGAUCCAUUGCCGGCCUCGCUCCCAACUACAACACCGGCUUCCCUCUCUUCUCCUCCUCCGGCCUCGACGAAAUGGCCAUGAUGGGAGGCGACUCCAUCAUGGACGGUAGCGCAUGGAACAGCGGGCUCUCCAUGGAAGUCCCCAUGAACAUGGGCAUCGACUACCGCAGCAACAGCUUUGUCUUCAACGAAGGCUCCCAAGACGACUUUGUCGACCCCAGCGCCAUCACUCAAGAGGAGGUACCCAACGUCAGGGUCUGGCCUGGUAUGCACCAGCAACAAGCUGCGAUGGCCAAGGCGCAGGCGCAGGCCCAGCAGCAGCGAGCACAGCAGCUGGCCCACCAGAAGCAACAGCAAGCCCUGCAACAACAACAACAACAACAGCAGCAGCAGCAACCCCAACUCCCCCGGUCCCGUCUGCCUUCCACUAGCCAGGCUAGCCGCAAGACCUCGAGCCCACUUAGUGACGCUCAUACUGAAGAGAUGAUCACCCGCGUUGUCGCACAGAUCCGAGCCGACAGCCAAAACGCCUCAACAUCCAUGCAAGACAACAACCAGGGUCUACUCCCCCACAUCAUCCGCGCCAAGAAGGACGAGGAGGACAUGGACGAGGAUGAGAGGCUACUUGCCUCCGAGGAGGGUAAGAAGCUUAGUUCCAAAGAGCGCCGUCAAUUGCGCAACAAGGUCUCCGCGCGCGCCUUCCGCUCAAGGAGAAAGGAAUACAUUGGCCAACUCGAAGGUGAGGUCGCCAUGAAGGUCAACGAGGCCAACGAGCUCCGCGCACAGAACCGUCUUCUCAUGGAGGAGAAUGCCCGCUCGCGUGCAUUCAUUGAACGCCUUCUCCGCCACCAGGCCUUCACUCCCUUCCUCGAGGAGCUCUCCCGCGACGAGUCUCUUCAGAUCAAGGCUCCCAUGACUGCCAUGCCUUCCACCUCCGCUGCCGUUACCGCUGCUCCCGCUCCUGCCUUCCAGCCUCAGCCGCAGUUCAACGCCAUGUCGCAGCCCGAGGACCCCCAAGUCAGCAUGACUAUGGCUCCUGAACCCCAGAUUGACUUUGCCAUGCUCAACUUGAACAACUCGAACAACGCCAACCCAAACUGGAACGUCAACAAUGGCUUCAACUUCCAGCAACCUGUUGCUUUCGCCGUUACCGAGCUUCCCGAGGGUCCCUCGAACCCUCUCGACACCCAGGCCAUGUCCGGUAAGGGAUACAGCGCCAUCUUCAAUGCUGAGGAUGAUGCAUCUGUUGAGGACAUCAAGGCCGACUACCCCAUCAUUAAGAACCCUGUUCAAUCUACACAGCCCACCGCCGCACCCGUUGACGAGGCUGAGGAACAAGAUGACGAGUAUGACCUCUACUACUCCUCGCCUGCUCGUACUGCUACCUCAGCCCCACUUGAGGAGCAAGAGGUUCUCUUGACCAAUCCCGACAAGGUUUUUGCACACUACUCACUCGUCCUUUCCGAUGAAGCCAACGAGGCACGUCUUGCAGACCGUCUAGAAAGGAAGAUUACCGCCAUGAACACAGUCAUGCAAAGAAUAUCCGACGUCACAUCCAUGUUUGACGCAUAAUUCUUUUGCAAUAUACAUGGUCUUUUUUUAAAAAAAAAAAAAAAAACUUUGACUUUCUUGAUGCUUCGAUCAAGCCCUACAAUUUCCCGUGGCUUCAUCUCUUAGACUGUUUUACACAUGAUUGGACGAUUCCUUUUAUUAUUCUUGAUACCCAAGUCAGCUUUCUCUAGGUGCGACUUGGGUCGAACUACAGCGAGCGUGCAUAGCUAUUUUCCUUUGUUCAUUUCGGCGACUGCGCAACGGUAUCAAGCGUACAUCAAUCCUUUUCAAAGGCGUUUUAACGGUAUUGGGUUUUUCUUGUAGAUAUCUUACUGGCCCCGAGGUCAAGUGGGGAUGGAUGAGAUGGAACAGGGACACAUAGACUGUCCAUGAUUCGAGGGUGUGUACGUAGACAUUUGCGAGAAAUCCAAAUAUAGUACCAAAUGUUCAGGAGCAGUUUAGUAUUCUUGAA